AUGCCCCACGACGGAGAGCCGUUGGGCCGUCGUAGACACUGUCGAUCUGCUCAAGCUCGUAAGCGACGCAACGCCGGACGUCGAGAGCGACAUCUUCGUAAGCUUGAAGCACGAGAUGUGGUGGCGCAGGAUAAGUAUACUGCGGCUAUGGAUCCUUUUAAACUCUUACAGUUUUACGAGAGGAUGGCAGGUAACUUCCGCAAGAACCAGCAAGAUAAGUGCUUGGAUGAACUCUCCGAUGGAUCGUCAAAGCCAUCUGCCUGCCGUUGGUUUCCCUGUGAUUUCCCGCAGGAAACAUCUACCGCCUUGGAACUUGCCCCUUUGCGUACUCGUUUGGCAUCAGCCAUACACGAGGUCUUGGCGCAACCAGGUAUCACUGACCGUUUGGCCCAGUGGAUCGAGCUUCCUCGUGAAGAGCAGUCCGCGGAGUCAACCACAUUGAAGCUCUUAUCCCAGGCUAUCAGUACGUCUGCGAGCAAGCUUGCAAACGGACCUCCUUCGUGCACUCUUGCUGGCAACAAAGGCACCUGA